UCCACGUUUACGUGUUGAUUUUUCUUCUCUGUUGGUUUUGGAGGGGUGACUUAAGAGUUCAUGACAGCGGUCUCCAAACGCCGGUCUAACUUGGCUCCUGCUGAUCUCAUCUGCUCUCAUAUGCUCUGGCUUUGAGAUGGAUUCUAAGCUCCUGCUGUUGGCUCUGCUGGGAGUGUUUUCUGCGAGUCAAGCUCGAAACGAGAAUGAGUGCACCAAAGCCAAUGCUAAGUCCUGUGGAGAAUGUAUCCAGGCUGGAGAGAAGUGCGCCUGGUGUACAGACCUUUUCUACUCAAUACGAAACCGUUGUGAUGAGGUGACCUCUUUCGGGAGGUGUGAUAACAUCGAGAACCCCCGAGGAUCUCUGCAGAUCACAGAGAACAAGAAUGUGACCAACCGCAAGGACAAGGACAAGGCAGAGAAACUGAAACCUGACGAUAUCACCCAGAUCCAGCCGCAGAAACUCAGCCUCAAUCUGAGAUCAGGAGAGGCUCAGAAGUUCUGGCUGAAGUUCAGACACGCUGUGGACUCCCCUCUGCUGUCUGAGGUGAUCCUGGAGAACAGUAAGCUUCCUGAGGGCGUGUCCAUCGCCUACGUCUCCCACUGCAAGAAUGGAGUGGACUAUACUGGGGAGGACGGACGCAAGUGCUCCAACAUCUCCAUCGGAGACGAGGUGACGUUUGAUGUGGCCAUCACGUCUAAGGGUUGCCCGUCCAACAAGACGGAGACGGUGAGGAUCAAGAUGCAGGGCUUGACUGAGGAGGUGGAGGUGCAGCUCAACUUCAUCUGCGAGUGUGACUGCCACAAUAAGGGCGUCAAAAACAGCCCAGCGUGCGAAGGAAGUGGCACCUAUGAAUGUGGGAUUUGCCGCUGUAAUGAGGGGUACCUUGGUGAGGAGUGUGAUUGUAGCGUGGCGGACAUGUUUAGCGAGGACAUGAUGGCCAGGUGCAGCUGGGACGGAAGGGACGGCAGGGUCGUCUGCAGCAACAACGGCGACUGUGUGUGCGGCACGUGCGAGUGCAAGAAGAGGGAGAACCCUGAGGAGCGCUACAGCGGCAGAUACUGCGAGUGUGACAACUUCAACUGUGACCGCGCCAACAACAAGCUCUGCGGAGGCCACGGGCGCUGUGAAUGCCGCCAGUGCAUCUGUGAUAUUAACUACACGGGCAGCGCUUGCGACUGCUCUAUGGACACCUCCACCUGUCUGGCCAAGAACAAGCAGAUCUGUAACGGCCGCGGCACCUGUGAGUGUGGAGUGUGUAGGUGCACUGACCCCAAGUUCCAAGGACCCACCUGUGAAGCGUGUCCCACCUGUCCGGGCGUGUGUACAGAGCACAAAGAGUGUGUGCAGUGCCGUGCCUUCGGUACAGGUGAGAAGAAGGAGACGUGUGAGCGUGACUGCAUGUAUUUCCACCUGGAGAUGGUGAAGAGCCGUGCUGAUCUCCCACAGCCUGUGUCUGCGCCUCUCAUCUCCCACUGCAAAGAGCGCGAUGCCAACGACUGCUGGUUCUACUUCACCUACGCCAUCAAGGACGACUACACCAAGGCCGUCCACGUGGUGGAGACGGCAGAAUGUGCUUAAGUCAUGUUCGGAAGGCCUGACAUGUCCAUUCUGAAGAGAAGAAUGUGAAGAAUGACGCCUGCAAGGUCGUCCAUACAGAGUAGGUCACAGGCACUGACACACACACACACACACACACACACACACACACACACACACACACACACACACACACAACCCAUACAGAAAAAAAAAAAAUUAAAUAUAUUUUUAAGUGUCACAAGUAUAUUCUUGGGGGCCAAUUUCAAAUAUUUACAUAUGUUUCAAAAUAUAUUGUGAAUAUAUAUUUCAAAUAUUUUUGUUGAAUAUGGGAAAAAUCAGCACACACACACACACACACAAACACAAACAUGCACACACACAUACUGUACUUACUAAGGCCGCUUAUGUCAUAAAAUGAUGUUAAAUAAAUAAAUAAGAAUUACAAAUAAA